GUGCCCGCCGGGCCCUCCUCCCUCGCUCCCUCCCCGCCCGGCGGAGAGGGGUCGGGGGAGGGGGCAGCAUGGCCUGUCCGUCCGGCCCCUUUUCCAGCGCUCAUCUGCCCCGGGAGUGCGGCGCCGCUCCUCGCAGGGAGAAGAGGUCCGAAUGGAGACAGACGGCAGCCAGCCCGGCCUCGCCUCCCCGGACUCCCCACACGACCCCUGCAAAAUGUUCAUCGGGGGACUGAGCUGGCAGACCACGCAAGAGGGCUUGCGGGAGUACUUCAGCCAGUUCGGCGAGGUGAAGGAGUGCCUGGUGAUGCGGGACCCGCUGACAAAGAGAUCCAGGGGCUUCGGGUUCGUCACGUUCAUGGACCAGGCUGGCGUCGACAAGGUCCUGGCCCAAUCCAGACAUGAACUGGACUCCAAGACGAUUGACCCGAAGGUAGCGUUCCCUCGCCGAGCACAACCCAAGAUGGUGACCCGAACGAAGAAGAUAUUUGUGGGUGGUCUGUCUGUGAACACUACUGUGGAGGAUGUGAAACAGUAUUUCGAGCAGUUCGGGAAGGUGGAUGAUGCGAUGCUGAUGUUUGACAAGACAACCAACAGACACCGAGGAUUUGGGUUUGUCACAUUUGAAAGUGAAGACAUUGUGGAAAAAGUGUGCGAAAUCCACUUCCAUGAGAUCAACAACAAAAUGGUGGAGUGUAAAAAAGCUCAGCCGAAGGAGGUGAUGUCCCCAACGGGCUCUGCACGAGGGCGGUCCCGAGUAAUGCCUUACGGGAUGGAUGCCUUCAUGCUGGGGAUCGGCAUGCUGGGUUAUCCAGGCUUCCAAGCUGCCACCUAUGCGAGUCGAAGUUACACUGGCAUUGCACCUGGUUACACUUACCAGUUCCCUGAGUUCCGUGUAGAGCGGACCCCUCUCCCGAGUGCCCCCGUCCUCCCUGAGCUCACAGCAAUCCCCCUCACUGCGUAUGGACCGAUGGCGGCAGCAGCGGCUGCGGCGGCCGUGGUGCGAGGGACAGUUCUGCUGCCUGCUGCAGGUUCCACCCCCAGUCGCACCGGUGGCUUUCUGGGCACCACCAGUCCCGGGCCGAUGGCAGAGCUUUAUGGAGCCGCCAACCAGGACUCAGGGGUCAGCAGUUACAUCAGCGCUGCCAGUCCAGCCCCCAGCACCGGCUUUGGACACAGCCUAGGGGGUCCCUUGAUUGCAACAGCUUUUACCAAUGGGUAUCACUGAAGCUGGGGACCAAGGAGGCAGGAGAUUCCCCAGUGACCUGACCGAGGACAGCGAGUGGCUGGAGGAUCUGGUGAGCCUCGGGGGAUGAGCCAAGGUUACGUUUCUCUUGAAUCAAACUGCACACUGCCGGCUGCUGCCAGGCUCCUGCCGCCCUGCCCGAUCUCUCCCUUUGACAGACCACACUGGACUGAACCCGAGGAGAUCAUCUCGCUUUCCUACUAACCACCGACGGUUUACGCUUCCCCCUCCCUGCCCCCAGCCCACUGAUUCUUCUUUUAUUUAUUUUAUUAGCUGUUAGUUUUAUUUUUUUAUUUUAUUUUUUUAUCUUUUUUGGGGGCUGCCCCUUCUUUUUGUUGUUUGCUCUUUCCCGAGCUAGUAGACAUAUUUUAUGAAUUGGCUUUGUGAUUGUGUUAGGUAGUUUUCAUUGAGGAGUAUUUUUAUUUGGCUUUGAAACUGUUUUGAAUAUUUUCAACUCUGUUGUUGUUGUCGUCAGUGUUUUUAAAGCACGGUAUGUAACAAGAAUGCAGUUCUGAAGGGAAGAAAGAGACAGAGAGAGAGCAAAGGCUGAGAGGAACUGCUGUAUUUCUAUUUUUUUUAAAGAAACUGUUUUUAAUUGUUUCUGUUUUGUAAAUGUGAGGCUUUGAAAAGUGUGAAACUCCAAGGAUCCGAAAACGUUGGACAUCGCUAUGGAACAAAACAAAUGUAUAUUUUGCUAAGUGAAAAACACUAUCCUUACAGCUGAAAGAUUUUUUUUCCUAGAUUUAGUUUUACGUGGGGUUUUCUUUUUCCUCCUGUAUAAUAUGUAAAUAUCGUGAGCUGAGCCUGGCUGCUGCCUGCAGCCUGGCUCCAAGGAGCAGCUCCAGGUCCUGGACUUGGUGCCGCAGCGUGAGCAAUACUCUCCAGCAGAAUCCUGACAGGACUUCAUUCUUUUUUUGUACACCUUUUACUGUAAGAUUUUAAGACCUCUCUGAUGAGAUGAGAUGAAAGGGGGGCGGGGGGCGGGCGGGGUGAAACGCACCAGCCAUCGGCUGUUUUGCUGAGCGGGUUAAAGCUGCUUCCAAUUGCUUGAUGUACAGACUCCAUCCCCGGGCUCCGUAGCGCCGGCUCUGCGCUGGCUUAGGGAAAGGGCUUUGCCGCCGUUGCUUGUCUUGGUUACUUUGGAAGGAAUUCACUCUCCAAACUUUAUCGCUUGUGUCAAGAUUUCCUGGGAAAGGGGAUCCUCCUUGGAGGCGAGGGUACCAGAAGGGAUGUGUGAGCCAGGGGGAGAUUUGGGUAGUCCUUCUCUGAAGGGCAGGGCUCUGGGAUGGGGAUUCAUUAACAGGGGAGAAAAGCAUUAGGGUGGUGAUUUGGGGGCGGGUUAAGGGCUUCUCAGGGAUUAUAUGAAUUAUAGAAUUGCAGCUUCCCGUUUGCUUUACUCUGUGUUCUGAAGACUGUGGGAAUUUGUCCGCUGUCCUGUGCGGGGUGAUCUGGUCCCUUCUCCAGAACCUGCUGGGGCUUCCCCUGGUAUGGUCCAGCCCCUGCUAACCAGCACUCUGCCAGGGGAGGCCUCCAGCAGGAGUACACGGGGCAGGUUUGGGUCUGGAUUUCAGUGAACCAAAGACCUUGUUAAGGGGGGUGAUUAAGCCUUUUAUUAAGAUGCAGCCAAACUCUUUUCCCAGGGAAAUAACAGCUUCAUCUUAAGUUUUAAAAAUCAUUCCCUCUCUUCCCCCAAACUGAGCCCCUGUAAAGGAGAUGGGCAUUUAGAAAAGGACUGGGAGGGCCACAGUGCCCACAGGGCCCUUUUUCUCUUCUCUCUCUCCCCCAUCUGCUGGAACUUGUCCUGACCUGGGCGAUGCGUUUGGAGAGUUCUGUUUAGGUAAGAAGGUACUUAACAGAUCAGUACUGAAAACACAAAGCAAUAAUUUUUGUUACUGAGACAAGAGUCUGUAUGUCUGUUUUUUUAAAUAUUUCCUAAUUAAAGAAGAGCUGCAUUUUAUUGGGUUUAUUUUUAUUCUAUAUACUUCAAAUUUGGGUCUGCGGACAGCGCUUUCCUCCCUCUUGGUGUAUGCGCUGAGCUGCUUCCGUGCCCCCUCCAGACAUCCCGGGCCAGCUGUGCUGCUGCUGGGCUGUGAGUCACUCUCUGGCCACUGCCUGGAGGCUGGGGCUCUGGUUUCAGGGUGGGCAUUUUUUUAAAAAGAAAUAAAGCUGUGUUUUUAAGCCAGUAAGUUAUUACACUCCAGUGUUUGUUCUCUCCACACCUGUAACCCUUUUUCCAGAUUUCAGUUUUAAAUUCCUAAUAAAUUAUUUGAAAACUGUC